AUGCCUCAAAUCAUUGUUCAUAAUCAUGAGAGUGGUUCUUCUCUCGGCUACAGCUUGAUCAGGUUAUUUGGUCAGUGUCCAUCAUCAAAGGGUGAUGUCGGUGAGGUUUUAUUUGUGAGUUGUGUCUCUGCCAUGACCGGAAAGAGAACACAAUAUCAAUUCCCUAUCUAUGAAACUUUUUUCAAGGCUCUCGUCUUGUUGGAGGAAGGAGAGAAUAAUAUUCACCUCUCGAGUCAAUCGGGAAAGGACUCUGAUUUGCACUUUAAGGUUAAUUAUGAUCCGAAUAUGAUCAAUGUAGCUGGUUCAGGAAGUGGUUCAAAGGUUAAGGGAAUUUGGUUUGUUUGCAAGGAUCAUGAUGGUUCUUUCAGAAAUAUGCCACACGAAAAGAAUGAUUCAAGUGAGGCUAUUAAGAGAAUGCAAGUAGCCUUGUUGAUGAUGCAAACAUUCUGUGCUGAGAAGGUUCAGGACGGUAGAAGAACAUUCCCAUUAGAAGUUGAUCCUCACCACAAGAAUAUGCCACUCAUUGAUGUUGUUUACUCUGAAAAGUAUACGAGAGAGGAAUUUGCCAGUUUGAGUAAUGAUUGGAUGAAUGAUGGUGGUAAUGCUGCAUAUAGCCAUAUUCAUAAUCAAUUGGUCAAUAGCUCAAAACACACUCCACAAACUGUUUAUUAUUGUAUAACUAGUGGACAUUAUUAUGAUCCUGUAUUGAAUAAGACUAAAUUGGGAGCCGCCUUGGGUGGGGGAUAUUUGGCAAUGUGGGCUGAUGUCAAUAUGUACUCAUAUCCUAAUUCUGUUGAUAAGAUCCAAGCUUCCUUUAUGAAUGACACUUCUGUCGAUAAGUCACAUUUGAGAGAUGACAGUGCUGGUCGUGGAACUUAUUAUGCCAACUGUGCUACUGGUAUUGGUGCUUCAAUGCACGAAUUGGGUCAUUGUUUUGGUUGUGAUCACACUUCAACUGGUAUAAUGGCAAGAGGAUUUGACAAUUUCAAUCUCUUCUUUUGUGUUAAGGAACCAGGAAAUUCUCAAGUAUUUUGUCCAUCCACUACUGAAAAGGGAGCAAUGUGGCACGAUGAUAGUAUCAAGAUUAUUCUUAAUCAUCACUUGUAUCAAAAAGAAUGUGUUGUGAAUGUCAAUGGUCCACCACAAUCAAAACCAACUACUCAACCUGUUGCUCCAGUUGAUUCAUCUAAUCUGUCCAUUCUUGCAGCUGCUUAUGGACCUGUGGAUGUAACUGAGGACUCAAAAGAUUUAAGUGGUGGAAAUAAUUUUAAUAUUGGAGCCAAUAACCAUAACUUUGAAGAUAGUUUACCUGGUUGGCCAAAGUCCUUCUCAAUGGUUUUGAAGAGUGAAAGUGAUUAUUAUCUUGUUACAUGUCAAGAGGGUCAACAUGUUAAUGUGUCAUCAAAGAAGCACCUUGGCUAUGUCCACUCCCCAGAAAAGAUUAUUUGCUUUACUUAUGGAACUCAAGAUUUGACUCAAAGAGCUAGACAAUUGGCCAACACUGGUUCUAUUCAUGUCACCAAUUCUAAUUUUGGAGAUACUUGGCCAAAUGUUCUCAAGAGUUUCAUGCUUGUCUACAAGACUGAAGGUGGUGAUAUUCAGACAGUCACUGGCUUGGAAAAUGAAACAGCCUAUUUUUAA